GACUGCAAGCAACCUGUUGGGUAUAAAUAUAUGUAUCUUACCACCGACUGAACCAUUUCCUUCAUCUCUCUCUCUCUCCUCUUUCUUUGCUUCUUCUGUUUUAAGGUUUUUCUGGGCUCUCUCUUCUUCUAUUAUCUCUGCAGAGAAACCUAAAGUUUUCUCAGAAAUGGUGGAUAAUCAGACAGUUUGCUGCAUGUGCGGCGACGUCGGUUUCCCUGACAAGAUCUUCCACUGCAACAGAUGCCGUCAUCGCUUUCAGCAUUCGUAUUGCAGUAGCUACUACAGUGAAUCGUCGGAGAAGAUGGAAUUGUGUGAUUGGUGCCAGAGCGAAGAGAGAAGAGCAAAGCAUGGAGGUGGUGUUGGUGGUGGGGUGUCUUCUUCAUCAAGGAGGUAUGCCGGAGGACCAGAUCAUGGUAUGUCAAUGAACAGGUCUGAGUAUAGCGGCGGGGAGAGGAUCAAACAAAACGAUGUCAAAGAAGACAACACGGCCGACAAAGCUGGGAAGAGCACCACUAGUCCUGCACCAUCGCCGAGGCCCACGGGGCGGAGAUAUAAGCUUCUCAAGGAUGUAAUGUGUUGAUGAUCCAUUGAUCACUAGCUAGCUAUGCCUUGCUUGUCUUUGCUUUUAGUAACGUAUGUGCACGUCAUCAGUAAGCCCUUAAUUAUAUAUUUCUCUUUUGUUUUUAUUUAAUACUAAUCUUCAAUCUUGGGGUGCGGGUUUCUAUUUC